CCGCCGCUGCCCGCUGCCCAGCCCCAGUGAGCGCACGCCGGGGAGAGGAACCCCGGCUCUCCACCCCCCGCGGCUGCCGACUCCCCUGCCCAGCCCGAGCGCCCCGCCUCAGCGAUGCCGGCACGGUGCUGCGGGACGCGCCACGCUCCGGCCGGGGCGCCCAGCUGCUGAGCGGACAGGUCUAUUCCCGGCGCCCCUUGGAAGAAGCUCACUAUGCCCGGGCAGAGCCUGGAGGAUUUCUCUCUGGCUCAUUCGGAAGACAAUGAGAUCAGCAUCAACGUCGGAGGCUUUAAGAAAAAGAUGCGAUCCAACACCCUACUAAGAUUUCCCGAAACCAGGCUGGGCAAACUGCUGAGCUGCCACUCAAAGGAGUCGAUAUUAGAGCUCUGUGACGAUUAUGACGACGCCAAGAACGAGUUUUACUUUGACCGGAACCCCGAACUUUUCCCCUACGUGUUACAUUUUUACAACACCGGCAAGCUCCACGUGAUGGGCGAACUCUGCGUGUUCUCCUUCAGCCAGGAGAUUGAAUACUGGGGCAUCAAUGAGUUCUUCAUUGACUCGUGCUGCAGCUACAGCUACCAUGGGAGGAAAAUGGAGCCGGAUCAAGAGAAAUGGGAAGAGCAAAGUGACCGGGAAAGCACCUCGUCUUCGUUUGAUGAAAUCUUGGCCUUUUACAACGAUGCCGCCAAGUUUGAUAAACAACCCUUCGGAAACGUCAGGAGGCAGCUCUGGUUAGCUCUGGACAAUCCCGGCUACUCUGUCUUGAGCCGAAUAUUUAGCGUCCUGUCAAUAGUGGUUGUUCUUGGUUCCAUUGUGACCAUGUGCCUGAACAGCCUCCCGGACUUCCAGCUGGUUGACAGCUACGGGAAGGCCGAGGAAGAUCCUCGGUUUGAAAUCGUGGAACAUUUUGGCAUUGCAUGGUUCACAUUUGAGCUGAUGGCAAGAUUUGCAGUGGCUCCUGAUUUCUUGAAGUUUUUCAGGCAUGCCCUGAAUCUGAUUGACCUCAUGUCCAUCCUGCCAUUUUACAUUACCUUAAUUGUUAACUUGGUUGUGGAAAGUAGCCCGGCUUUAGCAAAUUUAGGUAGAGUAGCCCAAGUCCUAAGACUAAUGAGAAUCUUUCGCAUCUUAAAACUUGCUCGACAUUCAACUGGCCUCAGGUCUCUUGGGGCCACUUUGAAGUAUAGCUACAGGGAGGUAGGGCUUCUCUUACUAUACCUCUCUGUUGGGAUCUCCAUAUUCUCGGUAGUGGCUUAUACCAUUGAAAAAGAAGAAAAUGAGGGUUUAGCCACCAUCCCCGCUUGCUGGUGGUGGGCUACAGUUAGCAUGACCACAGUUGGCUAUGGAGAUGUUGUCCCAGGGACCACUGCUGGCAAACUGACGGCGUCUGCAUGCAUCCUAGCUGGUAUCUUGGUGGUAGUGCUUCCCAUAACGCUCAUCUUCAAUAAAUUCUCUCACUUUUAUAGGCGUCAGAAGCAGCUAGAAAGUGCCAUGAGGAGCUGUGAUUUUGGUGAUGGAAUGAAAGAGGUUCCAUCAGUCAAUUUAAGGGACUAUUAUGCUUAUAAAGUUAAAUCCCUUAUGGCCAGUUUUACCAAUCUGAGCAGGAGUACUCCCAGCGAACUAAGCCUAAAUGAUUCACUGCAUUAGACUGCAGGUCUGACAGCAGUUUGCAUGAUGUGCACCAAGAGCUGUGUUUAUAAACAUUUUCCUAUUCCUUGUUUUUUUUCUAGCAUAUAGUGUUGCUGACACUGCACUACCUUUGCACCUAACAGGAAAUUUAGUUGCAAACUGACAGUUUGCACAUUUCCAUCCUGUUGCAUAGAAACAAAAUGCUCAUUUUUCUAGACAAGUGUUUCUGUGUCCAUGACACUAGUGCUAGUGGUGCAGUGCUGAUUUGUUAUUUGCUUGUUUCCUUUAGACGUCCUUGUGUGAGCAGAGAAAUGAGUUAAUCCAGGGGAAAACACACAACUUUGAAAUUAACAAUGAAAUAAUCUGUUUUCACUUACAUUGAUGUGACAACUCUUAAUAUCUGUACAUUUCCCAAUUUGUUUAAAGCCCUCACAAGGCAGAUUUUAAAAAGAGCAUUUUAAAGUAUCUGACACUAACUGCAAGUUAAAAACUUACUUGUGAAUAGUUUACAUAGUAACACAUUGCCACCUUGUUAUGCCUGCUAAUACUAAUAUUAACCACCUUUGAAAACACGAUUGAGUGUAGCAGUUCAGGGAAAAUUGACAUUUAUUUGAGAGCACAUGUAUUAAAGCACUGGGUGUUCUUUUGAAAUUAAACAUGUAGUGAGAUUUUCAAAAGCACUCGGCAUUGUCUAACUCUGCUUCCAGCCACAUCAGAAGAAAAAAUCCCAUUGACCUCACUGGGAGCAGAGAUAGGCCAAUACUGAGCAUUUCUGAAAAACAUACCCAAAGCUUUUAAAUUAUGAGAGCUUUAAGGCCACAUUUUCAAAAGGAGUGGCAGAUGUUCAGCAUCUCUGAAAGUCAGGCCCAAAGGAAGGAAGAAGGAAGUGGGCUUCAGAGGAAGUUGGACUCCCCAAAAUAGAGGCAUCCAACAAUUAGAAGCCACAUGUGAAAACUUGGGUCUCUCUAGAGUAUGGAAAUAUUCCAAAGUGAAUGAUAAAGGGAGUAUUUUAGGAGCUGACAUUUACCUACUGAAAGAUGACUAAUUAAAAAGAUAGCAUAUGUAUUUCUGAGAUACAGUCUAAUUUUGUCAGGGAGGACUGUUUUGAUGCUUGGCAUGAGAAUUAAAACAGGUGUCCAUGGUAAAUAAUCUCAUUAAGAUUUCUGCAGAUGAAACUCUAAGGGAAUAAAUAUAGCUAGUAUUUCUACUUAAAAAAUGGUUCAGAAAAGGACUCCUGUCUUUCAGUUCAGGAAGAAGCAUUAAGGCUAAAACCAAGAAAGGGCACCUAUUGGAUCAGAUUCUCAUCUGGUCCAAUGACUUUGAUGAUUUAAAGCAGCUGAUAAUCUGACCUAGUAUUUGUAAAGUCUGUUUUA